CCAUGGCAGCCUUGCGCUACGCAGGCCUGGACGACACGGACAGCGAAGACGAGCUGCCUCCGGGCUGGGAGGAGAGAACCACCAAGGACGGCUGGGUUUACUAUGCCAAUCACACUGAGGAGAAGACCCAAUGGGAGCAUCCGAAAACUGGAAAAAGAAAGAGAGUAGCAGGAGACUUGCCGUAUGGAUGGGAACAAGAAACUGAUGAGAAUGGACAAGUGUUUUUUGUCGAUCAUAUAAAUAAAAGAACCACAUAUUUGGACCCACGACUGGCAUUUACUGUGGAUGAUAAUCCGACCAAGCCAACCACCAGACAGAGGUAUGAUGGCAGCACCACCGCCAUGGAAAUACUCCAGGGCCGGGAUUUCACGGGAAAAGUGGUCAUUGUCACUGGAGCCAAUUCAGGAAUCGGAUUUGAAACUGCCAAGUCUUUUGCCCUCCAUGGUGCACAUGUGAUCCUGGCCUGUAGGAAUAUGACAAGAGCCAAUGAAGCAGUGUCACGCAUUUUAGAAGAAUGGCAUAAAGCCAAGGUGGAAGCAAUGACCCUGGACCUCGCUCAGCUCUGUAGCGUGCAGCAUUUUGCCGAAGCAUUCAAGGCCAAGAAUGUACCUCUUCAUGUGCUUGUGUGCAACGCAGCGGCUUUUGCUUUGCCCUGGAGCCUCACAAGAGACGGCCUGGAGACCACCUUCCAGGUGAACCACCUGGGACACUUCUACCUUGUCCAGCUCCUUCAGGACGUCCUGUGUCACUCGGCUCCUGCCCGUGUCAUCGUUGUCUCCUCGGAGUCCCAUCGGUUUACAGAUAUUAACGAUUCCUCGGGAAAACUUGACUUUAGCCGCCUUUCUCCAUCUAAAAAUGACUAUUGGGCCAUGCUGGCAUAUAACCGGUCCAAACUCUGCAAUGUCCUGUUCUCCAACGAGCUACACCGUCGCCUGUCCCCCCGUGGGGUCACGUCCAAUGCCCUGCAUCCUGGGAACAUGAUGUACUCUUCCCUUCAUCGCAACUGGUGGGUGUACACAGUGCUCUUUACCCUGGCGCGACCCUUCACCAAGUCCAUGGACUUUAUGAAGAGAGUAAAGCAGUCAAUUGAAAAUUAUCUGUACCCCCAACCUCCACCAAAGUCAUCAUCAUCACAUAAGUUCCAAUACUUUUGUUGUAGAAACCCAUGUACUUGGAACUUUACCACCCAUACACCAAGCAUGAUGUCCUUCUCCAGGGACUGGUAACACAUCCAAAGUACAUGAGAUAAAGUCUCACCGUCCUCACUUCUAAGGAGCAUACUGGAUAUACUUCUUCCAAGACAGAUUUGUUCAUUCUUCUGGCAGUCCAUGGUAUAUUCAGUAUUCUUUGCCAACACCAUAAUUCAAAGACAUCAAUUCUUCUUCAAUCUUCCUUAUUCAUUGUCCAGCUUUUGCGUGCAUAUGAGGCGAUUGAAAUACCAUGGCUUGGGUCAGGCACACCUUAGUCCUCAAAGUGACAUCUUUGCUUUUUAACCCUUUAAAGAGGUCUUGCACAGCAGAUUUUCCCAAUGCAAUGUGUCAUCUGAUUCCUUGACUCCUCCUUCUGUGGUUGUUGAUUAUGGAUCUAAGUAAAAUGAAAUCCUUCAACUUCAGUAUUUUCUCUGUCAUGAUGUUGUUUAUUGGUCCAUUUAUGAGGAUUUUUGUUUUCUUUAUGUUGAGGUGUAACUCAUCUCAUAGUAUUAUUAAUUUUAUUACUAAUGAUAAUAAUAGCUGAUUCUGACUGAGGUCUAUGGGAUCAGCUCCAUCAAGAAAGCACUACAUACAUUAUCUCAACCAAUCCUCAGGCCUGGGAGGAUUUUCCUCUCAUGAUGCUCAGAAUCAAGUUACUUGUCUAAGCUCCAUGUCACAUAAUCUAAAUUUACGUCUCUCUUUUCUUUAUCUGGACCUAACAUUAUCAGGGCUUCCAAAUCUGAGAAUUUCUGCGUUGUCUAUCCUGUCUGUUCUAAGAAUACAGAACGGAUGGUUAAUUUUGUUACCUAUGGUAAAAAAGAGUAAUCUUCUGAUUGAACCCAGGGCAGAAAAGAGGUCUUUAGUCAAAAGUGGAUACGUGGUCUCGGUGAUACUUCCUACACAAUUUUAUUAAGUUCAGUCAUAGUUGUAGUAGGCUGUUCCUGUUUAUCAUUCCAAUUCAACUUAAUAAGUCACCUGAGGUCUAAUACUAAGCUCUGUGGUGGAGAAGUUUAAGUAUAAACACAGUGGUGUUAGUAACAACAGCAGGAACAGUAACCACAACAACAGACAGAUCUUGAGUAAUUGCUGUGUUGACCGGGUUCUUUGCUAAUCGCUUAUGGGCAUUAGUAUAUUUCAUUCCCUUACCAACUCCAUGUGACUGAGAUACCUUUACUGUAUUAACCUGCCAAGAUUAAACAGAGAACAAGUGGUAGAUUCAAGAAUUUGCAUCCAGGCAGUUGACUCUGGAAUCUUUGCUCUUAUGUAUUGUGCUCUACUGCCUACCUAUACAAGAUCACCAUUGUACACCAUUGUACAAGAUCUUGUUUAAAAGCUAUCACUGUCUUCUAAUACCCUUCAUUACUUUUUAAAAUUAUUAUUCCCUCAUUACUCUUAAGCAGCUUUAUUUAUCAUCUUAUGUGAGGAUCCUAAAGAUACAGUGUAUGCCAAUGUUUUUGCAAUCCGGUCUGCACAGUUGAUUUUUCAUAUAUCAAUGUCUACUUGUCUGCUAAAGUGAUAGCGAUAAUGAUAAUGAUGACUGAAAACUACAGACUACCUGACACAUAGGUUAACGUACUGUUUUCAUCCUUCUCACACUUUUUGAAAGAAAGAGCUGAGGGGUACCAUAUCAGUCAGGAUAGACAAGGUAUGCUGCAGUAACAAACGGUCUCACAAUUUCUACAGCUUAUAAAAACCAAGAUGAGUCUUUGUACACGCUGUAGGCCCAUCAAGAGCUUGCUCUACCUUUUGUCUUCUCUCCAGGACCCAGGUCAGCAGCACAGCUUCCACCUGGAACAUUGGUGGACUCCCUUCAUGGGGAAAUAGACAUGGCAUACUAUGUGCUGGCUCUUAAAAUCUCUUCCCAGAAGUGAUACCUGUCAUUUCAGCCUCAUUUCAUCGACCAAAGGAAGUCACUUGGUCACUUCUAGGCAAAGAUGUAUGCUCUUCCCAUGGAGUGAAGAAUUAAAUAAUUGUCCACGAUAGUAUUAUCUCCCAUGGGGGCUAAUGGGAAGUUUUCUUCCUUGCUCCUCUUUCCUGCCGUGCUUGCCAGAAUCCUAAAGACACAGCUGCCAACAGUUUUCUGAACCUGUGCGUGACUCUCCCUGACUCCAGAGGACCUGGGGGAUCUACUCUCUGCUCCCCCACCCUGGGCUCCUUACCAGUCACAUAAAUUCACAGCAAGGCACUACUGUUUCCAGAUUCCCUGCCCUCAUUAAAUACCAGCCCGGCCUGAAAAUAGUCCCAGUUUUACUCAGAACGCAAAGAACACCCAGGUCAAGGGUUUGAUUAGACUUGUUUCACAUCUCCGAAACCCUCCUUUGUCUUUCAACAAAAGUUGAGAGAAAUGCAGAGAGAGAAAGUGUGACCUAUUUUUUUAUUAUCAGCACCAUUUCAUCUGCAAAACACAACUCUUUUCUUCUUAUUAUGAUGAACACGAAAAUAAAAUGUUUUCCAAAAGACCUGGCUUUGGCUGUCGACAGGAAGGCCAGGGACUUUUUCAAAACUCUGAUGAACUCUAUGAGCAAAUGAUCCCAAUAUUUUAAAACCAUAAUUGACUUAAAACCAUACUCACUGUCCAUGGAUAAUAUGUGGUACUUUCCUACAAAUAUCAGCAGCCAGGUAGGACAAAACCAGCUCCCAAACUAGCUGUUUGCUUGAUAUUAAGCUUUGCCAGUCCAAUAUAGGUCACGUUUCCAACCAGAUUUUGUGCUUAUCUCUACAUUACACCUUGUAGCAAGGGGGAAAAAAAGAGCUUCUUGACAUCUUUUUGAAGAAUGGCGCUCUUUAAAAAAACAUAAGGGAACUUUUUUUUCAAACACUAUAAUGAGGGUAUUCAAGUCUGCAGGCAAAACAGAGCUGUUUGAAAAGACAUUAGCCUCAAAACCUCACUGUGCCAGAAUAGAUACAGCUACAUCGAAAUGCCACAUUUGUCUUGCCAUUACUUUUCACUGACUAAAAUCGUUUGUUAAUGAAAGUUCUAGCUGACAUAAUUUCAGCACCUACUGAUGGAGACAAGAUGAGUUUACUGACCAUGAGAAAUACAGUAAAAUUGGGAGAGCAAGUAUAAUUCUGAACCACUUAAACACCAAAAUAAUAGUAACAGUGGCUCUUAAUAUAAUUGAAAAAGAAGUUACCGUCUUUGCAGAGCUUUCACAGCCGUUAAUUGAGUCUCUUAAUAACUUUGUCACUUAGGCUGAGCAGCUCACUGGAGUCAUCAGUGUACUGAUGAGGAAACUGGGUCUUGUGUUAGAUGGAAUCUGGAUGUCUACAGAUCACGAAGGUAGAGAGAGGGACGGACUUCCAGCUGACUCUUUCUGAAUAUUGACUGCUACAGUAAGCAGAGUGCAUGGCUGAAGUUUUAGUAGGGUGUUGGUGGUAUUGUGUGCCAUUGAGUCAAUUUUAGUAGGGCACACUGGGACAAAGUCUUAGUGACCAACUGCAAGUUAGAGGGCACAGACCUUAAGACCACUCUCAGUUCUGACACCAACUGCAUGUUCAGGGGAUUCCCAGAGCCACUCUCAGUUUCCAUAAUUGUCUGGAAGUACUUGCAGAAGUCCCUAAGAGCUAUCUUAAAAAAAAACAAAACAAAAAACCCAUCAUAUGGUUAGGGUUUAUUACAAGGAAAGGAUACAAAUUAGUAUCAAUCAAGAGAAGAAGUGCAGAGGGCAGAGUCCAGAGGGUUUCUAAUGCAGAGUUUCUGUUCUGCUCUCCUCCUGGAGCCCUGGAUGCAUUAUUCUAGUAUGUGACGAUACACACAGAAUGUUGCUAACCAGGAAAGCUUGCCUGAGCCUCUGUGUCCAGAGUUUCUACUGGCGCUCCAUUACAUGGGCCUGACUGAUUGCCCACAUGGUUGAUGCCAGCCUCCAGGUUGACUGAUACGUCAUGACGCAAAGCACUCACCCUAAGACACAUUGUUGAUCUUUCUGGUGUGGCCAGCCGCACCCUAAGACUAUAUGAGUUUGGCCAGUCCCCAACCUAAGCCACAUGGUUAGACUCUCCGGUAUGACCCAAGACCCCCAGGCAAACAAAGACAUUCCUAUCAUGUAUAACAUCCCUAGGGCCUAGUGAUCACCUCUCAGAAGCCAAAUACGAAGGCCAGAUCUUCUCUUUGGGCAAAGCCAGAUUCUUUACUACGCAACUGGGUUUCUGCAUGUAUUUAGUGAAUCUUUGAUUGGAAAGGCUCUUACAGGUAACAGAUUCCAGUCUUCCCAUUUUACAGAGGCAGAAGCUCACAAGUUUGACCCAAGCUCUCAAGCUGGCGAGGCAGUGAUGGAAAUGGAACUUGAGUACUCCAAUCCAGGGCUGCCAUCACUGAGUAAUAUGGCCUGUGUUCAAUAAGGGCUUAUUAAUUGGAAUGAAAGCAAGAACUUAACACUAAGGUUUUAUUUGGCUAGAAAUAUAAAAAUCUGUAGAGAAAAAUACUGUACAUUCAAGAGUCAUAAUUCUCUUUCUCUUCCUUUCUGUCCUUCUCACCCUCCCACAUGGUCCACCUGCCAAAAUACCAUCAUCAUAAUCGUUUCUAGUUCAGACCAUUCCAAAAAUAGAAUUAUCGUGUUCUUCUAUGUGAGUCCUUGAUCCCCCCUACUAUUUUUCUUGACUUAGCUUCCCUAAUCUCUAGCUUGUAUUUUAUUUUUAAAUGUGUGGGAGGCAGAAUAUAAGCUGUUCUCAGAAAAUAGCUUGAGAAAUUCUGCAUAUGUGUGUGUAUAUAUAUGCACACAUAUACACACACAGAUGCAUAUAUUUUAUACGUAUAUAUAUAUGUAUAUAAAACUUUAAAUUCCUCAUGAGUUAUCAGCUUUUACCUAGAUAUCUCUUGAGAGGGGGGGAAUGUUUCACUUUUCCAUGAAGCAGGUAGUUUAUUGUUUUUCCCUAUCGGGCAAAAUCCGUCAUGUGAACUUUAUUCGCCCAGAAUAAUAAAUUAUUUUCUACUUCAGAAAUGUCAGAGGGAGAACUCAAGGGGUUUCAUAAAUGGUGGCUGAUUGAUAAAGAUUAUUAAUUCACAGGUAAGUAUCUGGUUAGAAGUGGGGAAGUGCUGGGUGGCAGAGGACAAAUACCUGGAUGGUCUUUCAAGGGAGGUUGGUGCUCCUGUGCCUUGUGAAGGGGUUUUGACUUGAAGCUACAAAUUUAGAGGCAAAGCUUUCUAAUGUGGCUGGACAAAUUUUAUGACAGUUUAACACUUGCAGGGCUUUUUUUUUUUUUUUAAUGUUUGCUUUUGUGGGGAUUGAUUUAAAAAGUUUGUUUAAAAAAAAUGGAACUUGCUCACAUCAUUUCUGUCAAGAAAUAUUUAUUGCUGAAUCAGGGUAAUAGCAUAAUGGGAAGCUUUGGCAUCAAAAUAUCUCCCUUAAAACUUGCCUUUGCUAAACCAAAUCAAACCAAACGCACUGCCAUUGAGUCGAUUCUGACUCAUAACAACCCUAUAGCACAGAGUAGAUCUGCAGCAUAUGGUUUCCAAGGCAGUAAUCUUUAUGGAAGCAGACUGCCACGCCUUUCUCCCGAGGAGCUGCUGGUGAGUUCUAACCACUGGCCUUUUGGUUAGCUGAACUCUUAUUCAUCUAGGAGGCCCUGGGUAGCACAAGUGGUUAAGUGCUCCACUACUAACCCAAAGGUUGGUGGUUCGAACCCACCCAGAGGCACCUUGGGAGACAGGCCUGGUGAUCUUCUGAAAAGUCACAGCCUUGAAAAUUCUGUGGAGCAGUUCUACUCUGCACAAAGGGGAUCACCAUGAGUCAAAACGGACUCAGUGGCAACUAACAACAACAUUAUUCAUCCAACAGUUACUGUAUUUUACUCAAAUAACGCACACCUUCCACAUUUGUUUGCCAACCAUGCCUCACCCCACCCCUGUGAGGUAUUUUUGUAAGCGUGCUAUGCUUUCUUUUUUUUUUUUUACAGGAACAUGCAAAAAAAAAAAAAAAGAAAUUGGCAUAGCGGCACUUACAAAAAUACCUCCCUGGGGGGAGGGUGCAGAUGGCAAACAAACAUAGAAGACGUGUAUUAUUUGCAUAAAAAUAUGGUAUUAAUUGAUUUCAACGACAUAUGAGUCAGUAACUGUUUAUGUCUUUAAUAAGCUUAGGUUCUGAACAUUUUUGUAGGAUUCGCUAUUUGAUGUAGUCAGUUUAAGUGUUCCUUUAAUACUUUAUGUGCAUCUCAUUUAGACUGCUUUAGUGCGAUGUGCCCAAGUUGGUGGGUGGACAUGUGUCUGAAUGUGUCUAUUCCCUCACUAGACUCUCUAGCACACAGUGGGCUCUCAAUUAAUGUUUACCUUAAUUUUAAAAAGGGUGAGAACAUUGUUCAUUUAUAUUUUAUAUAAAACGUGCUCAUUGGCUAAGCCUUGUGCAAACCAUGUGACCAAGGCUGAUCAUUACAGCCACUGGGUGGCAGCAUACCUGAAUUGAGAAAACAACCCCUCAACUGCUCAGACCAUAAACAGAAAGUUCUAAAAUGUCAUCAAAAUGAGAUCCACACUUCUCAAUUAUUAUUUGAAAGGACAGAUCUCAGGGGAAUUUUGUCAAUGAAGUCUAGGGCAAUAAUUGCACUCCUUAGUGUUAAGAAAUGUCCUCACACUUUUGAAGUAUCCUGCUUUAAGUUUUCAGCAUCUUAACCAGGAAAUCACUUGUAUGUGUUGUUUCUCUGCCUAUUUCCACUAGGGAGCCAUAACUAUAAAACAGAAGGAAUAAUAUUAUAGGGAGGAGACACAUAUUUUUUAAUAUAUUCUUGCUUCACCUAACUGUAAAGAACUCUUUCUCAAUGAGAAACAGGCUUUCACAUGUGUUCUUUGCCAGAGAUUUUAGAAGAGAAGGCUCACCUUCGAGAGCUUUGGUAAUAUUUUGUUUCUCUAAGAGGGUGAAGAUGCUGUUGUUCACUUUAUCAGAGUGAUGCUUUGGCCAAAUAUAAAGCAGUGGCUGCAACAGUGGGCUCAUGCAUAACAACAAUCAUGAGGAUGGUGUAGAACCGGGCAGUGUUUCAUUGUCGCUAUUGAGUCAGAACCAACUCGAUGGCACCUAACAACAACAACAAAAGCAGGGCUUGGAGGAAGGAAGGCAGCCUGACUUAAGCCGGGGCCCAGCUUAACAGGACUUGAUCUUUCUCCAUUCAGUUUCUUUUGAGCACACUCUUGCCUACCUUGAGAAGGAGGGUGAAAUAUGGAACUAUUUCAGACCAUGAAUGUGGCUGGGCAGAAGAACCUGAACCAACAGGACUUGGGUGGGUGUUGAGAGAUGGGAGUAGAACUAACUGUAGAUUCUAGGUUUUACGAUCAGUUAAGGGGAAUCAGGGAACAGGUGAGGAGAGAGUGUUGUUCUUGAUAAACUUUUAGAGCCCAUUGAGUAAACUAACAACAACAAUAACACGUGCAAUUUAAAUGCAGUUACUCAUAUUGUCUUUGGGUUACUGAAAUUUUAAGUUCGUGUCUGUUGUUUGGGGACCAUUCAUUUUUGAAGUUAUAAAUAUUUAGAAGCGUUCAUUCAUUCAUUUUGCACUGUGUUCACUCAUUUUGAAGAAAACAAAUAUAUUCUUUUUCUGAUGUUCUAUGAUGGGAGGGGUGGUUUUUUGGUUCAUUCAUUCAGCAGGGGCUGGUAUUCAGGCAGUAUGCACCAGUAUGGCCAUCACCAGUUGUGAACAUAUUAAACACUGCUGCACUGGUUGACAAUAGCUCUCACAAGCCUCUCCUUAAUCCAUCAACUAAAGGGUUGUGCCCAGCAUGGCAGGGGACCUGUGGUAGCAGGAUGCAGUAUUACAGUGUUACAGAUAUAUCUGUUCUGAUUCGUUGGCGCUCAUGCCAUGUUGUUGUAGUUAGGUGCUGUCAAAUAAGUUCUGACUCAUAGCGACCUCAUGUAUAAUAGAAUGAACAGUUGCCCAGUCCUGCACCAUCCUCACAAUUGUUGCUAUGUUUCAGUCCACCGUUGCGGCUACUGUGUCAAUCCAUCUCAUUGAGACCUUCCUCUUUUUUGCUGACCCUUUAUCAAUCAUGAUGUCCCUCUCCAGGGACUGGUCCCUCCUGAUAACAUGUCCAAAGUACGUGAGAUGAAGUCUCACCAUCCUCACUUCUAAGGAGCAUUCUGGCUGUACUUCUUCCAAGAUAACCCCAAGAUUUGUUCAUUCUUCUGGCAGUCCGUGGUGUAUCCGAUAUUCUUCACCAACACCAUAAUUCAAAGGCAUCAAUUCUUCUUUGGUCUUUCUUAUUCAUUGUCCAGCUUUCGCAUGCAUAUGAGACAAUUGAAAAUAUCAUGGCUUGGGUCAGGUGCACCUUAGUCAUCAAAGUGACAUCUUUGCUUUAGAGAGGUCUUUUGCAGCAGAUUUGCCCGAUGCAAUAUGUUGUUUGAUUUCUUGACUGCUGCUUCCGUGAGCUUUGAUUGUGGAUCCAAGUAAAAUGAAAUCCUUGAUAACUUCAAUGUUUUUCCCAUUUAUUAUGAUGUUACUUAUUGGUACAGUUGUGAAGAUUUUUGUUUUCUUUGUGUUGAGGUGUAAUCCAUACUAAAGGUCACAGUCUUUGAUGUGGUCAUGCCAUGUAGGUUGUUUAAUGUUUUGCACAUCACGUAGGGUGGCCACACUUACAAAUACGUAUGGAGACACUAAAUGCCCUGCUAGGCUGGAGGGUGUGUUAAUAGCGUAAACAACAUACAUGCAACCCCUGCCUGCAGAGAAGGCGCAAUCUGGUCUGGAUAAGAGAAGGUUAAACUAGUCAUUAGGGACCACUGGUGGCUCAGGGGUAGAAUUCUCAUUUUCCAUGCAGGGGACCCAGGUUUGAUUCCUGGCCAAGGCACCUCAUGCACAGCCACCACCUGUCUGUCAGCGGAGGCUUGUGCGUUGCUAUGAUGCUGAACAGGUCUCAGCACAGCUUCCAGACUAAGAUGGACUAGAAAGAAAGGCCUGGCAAUGUUCUUCUAAAAAUCAGCCAGUGAAAGCCCCAUGGAUCCCAAUGAUCCAAUCUGCAACUGAUCAUGGGGGUGGUGCUUUGUUCUCUGUGAGUUCUCUUGUGAGUCAGGGCUGACUUGAUAGCAGCUACCAACAGUAAACUAGUAAUGGCCACAAGAUGUGGGGAAUGUGUGAUGUGAAGUUCAAGGCACUAAGGGAGCACCUUGCAGGGCAGUCCACUGGUGGGGAAAACCUAGGAACAAAUGCCGCACAAGCCACUCGAAGCCUUACAGGAAAAGCAGGGCCUGGAAGAAGGAGCUCCAGAUAUUCAUCCUUGGUCUCGCAGGUGGUCAGCCUUGCUGCCUCUGAGCUCUGCUCAACCCCACCCCCUUCUGCAUUCUCCCUCCCCUCCCUCACCUUUGCAUUCCAGCAAGUUGUUGGAAAAGUCUUUUUUGAUAUAGAAGACUUAAUGGAGGCACUUGUGGUUCUGGACAGAGCCUGCAUCCAGGCAUCAGGAGAGCUGAGUACCAACUUUGACCUUACCACCAGAUAGCUGGGGGAGCUUGGGGAAGCCACAGUAGCACCCCUCUGAGCCUGAGUUUUCUCAGAUAUAAAAUGAGCCUUAUUUUGAGGAGAGAAUAAGGUAUUUAUUUCCUGUGGGUAGGGCUUUCCUUGCAGGGCCUCUUUUUGCUAUGCUAUGGAAAUCACCUGAGUUUGAGCUUAAUGGAAAGAGCACCCAUGCUGGCUUCCAGCAGACCUGGCCCUCAAUCCAUUUUGAUCUGGGUGACUUUGGUAAGGCAUUUAGUUUCUCCAAGUUUUGGUUUCCUCACGUGAAGGGUAGGAAUAAUAAUAAUAAGACACACUUAGUGGGGUAUUUCAAGAUUAGCUGGGAUGAUACAUGCCAAAGUGUAGGAGUGUGUUUGGCAUGUAAUAAGCCACCAAUAAGUUAUUUCUAUUGUUUUCGUAUGUGCCUGUUUACCUGUUUGCAUGUCUGUUCGUAAGUUCAUUGGGGGAAGGGUUUCUGUCUUUUCCUAUCACCACCGCCCCCAGCAUGUAGCUCAGUGUCUGACUCAAGCCUGCAAUAGAUAUAUGAUAAAUGGAUGUUUUGGGAUCUCUGAAGUCACGUAAAUACUAGCACCAUGGCUCCAUUUUAGUUGAAAUACUAUUUGUGGCUGUGUGUUUUCCUUUAAAUCCAAAUUGGAGAGAAGGAAGGUAAUUAAGGCAUAAUUAUGAAACUUAGUCAAGCACUUAUUUAUUGAGCUUGCCUGGUGCCCGGGUUCAUAUCUUUUGUUUCUCAUGUUUUAGUUUCGUUUCAGUGCCCUGGUGUGGGGGAAUUUGCCUGUGUCCCCUUGAAUGGAUGUUUUUCUUUAGAAGGCAGAGUUAAUAGGGAUUUCUUUUAGCUGUGUUUAUUUUUGUUUCUGACUCUGAAGUUCAGUGAAUUAUUCUUAUUCUUAGCCAUCCUUUUUUUUUUUUAAGUUUGCAGAGAUUUGUGCUUAAAACUGAAUAAACAGUCUCAGUUUUGUGUGUGCAUGUUAUAAGAAGUCUUGCUAGAAUGCAUAAACAAAAAAAAAAUCAUAAUCAUAAAUCCUGGUUACUAUGGUCGCCAGGACUUCAAAAGCCCAUUGUCCAUGUGUAUUUACAUUUUGUAUUUUUCGUGUUUGGGUUUCAUUAAACUCAUGAGUUUAAUAAUAAAGUUUUUGGACCUAUGCGUUCACUACCACUUUUCCCUUGUUUUAAGUAUUUUUUUCCCCUUUUGAAGUCUCAUUUUUUCAUACAAGGAUUUGAUGCUUUGGGCGGGGGGGGUCUGUUAAAAUAGUUGUAAAUAUACUUCUUAAAUAGAUGAAAUGUAAGAAAUUCCGAGAAGGAGUUUCUUUGACUUACUGGGGAAAAAAAUAAUAGGAAAGAUAAAAUGGGAGUGUUUGGUACAUUUGGUUCUCUUUCAUCAGCACUUUAUGGACCCGCAUUGCUGUGUUUCUGUAAUAUUGUGUAUAAAACACAGUUUAAGUGAUCAUGCAAGCUUCAGUCUUGGAAAAUAAAAAGAUAUGAACUUGAACCCUAGCUUCUCUGUGAAGAGAAUUACAGUGUGUUUUAGCCUUGGGUUCAUUCCAGUUAAAUUUACGAUAUUUCCCCCUAACAAUAACAACAACCAAAAGUACCCCUUUAAGUUGAUAUGUUUGUUAAACUUUAUAUGUAUGCAUGCAUGUAAAUGUACUUCUCUGUAUAUAUAAUGUACAUUCACAUAUUCUUAUGUUAGAUAUUUUGGGAAUUUCCUUUCUGCUUUCAAAUCAUUGCACAGAAUAUCUGAGUAGACAUCAUGUCAAAAUAAUCAAAAUGUAUUUAACGCUCUCAAAAAAUCCAUUUAAGAAUAAGAACAUGGUUUGGGAUUAUUUUCAGAUCAUAAAUUGGAGUGUAAAUAUUCAAAUUAUUUUCAUAAACUAUUCAGUUCAGUUGGGCUUUUAUGUUAUCAUACAGUGAUUUUUUUGUAUUUAAGUUUUCUAGCAGUUCUCUUUUUUAAGAGCCUCAAGUGUCCCAUAAAAAGCAAAUACUUGAAUUUUCAGUUUCUAGGUACUGCAUAUUUUUCCUUCUGCUUGCCUUAUUUUUAUAACAGUGAUUUAUAAAGACAUUACUAAAGAAAAGGAAAGAAGGAUUUUGAAGAGGAACUGCUAUAUAACACUGCUUAAAAAUCUUUUUCCAAUGCUAAGGAGAGAAAAAAAAAUCCUGGCGUCAUAUCAGAGUGUGAUCUGGGAUCUAAGUAUGAUGGUCAUACUUUGAGUCAUUAUCUUCCAAAAAUAUUUAUUGCGCCUAGUGGAGAAGGAAGGCAGGAUAAGAUUGCCAGGCCCUGUUUCCAUUUCCACUGUGGGGAGUGGUGAGGGGGAAACAAAAAGGCCAGUCUUGACUGCUUGCAGAGCAGCCAACCCAUAGAAGCGCCAUCUUAAGAAGACAGCUUUGAUAAGAAAAUGAAAGAAUGAAGUUCCAGGGGGUCGUCUAAAAUGACCAGAAUCUGAUCUCAGGCAAUGCAGUAAACCCGAGGCCAGCAGGGAUUCAGGAAAUGCUAUUGUGUAAGAACCCUUGCUUGUCCACCAAUAUCUAUUCCAUCCUCCUUUCUUAGUAAUGGCCUUUUCCACUGGGCACAUGGUGGCUUAGAAUAAAGCUUCCAUGUCCUAAUUCCUUUGCAAGUCUCUCUGACCAAGCACCCAAGUUGCAUGAGGGCUGGCAUGGGAACAAUGCUGUGAGUGGAGACGGAAGCAAAUACAGCCUGUGUCCCUAAAAUCAUGCCAUGCCACAGAUUGAUUAUGCCAUUUUUUUUACAUGAACUUCUCUCUGGUAGAAGGCACUAUUGUUUGCGUUUUCUAUUAAUUACAGUCAAACCUACAGCUAUUGAAUACAUUUAUCAAGGACAAAUGGCAGAAUGUAAGAGUGAGUGAGUCAAGUGAAGAGGAAUGAACAAUUAAAAAGUCCUAGGAAGGUUCUAUAGUGCCACUGAGGCAUUCAUCCCACACGUAUUUGUUUUGCAUACCCUACUCUAGGUUGGUCACUGUUCUAGGCACCUAGGUGACAAAGAUAAGCAAAACAGUAACAUACCACAAAAAUACCACAAAGUAGGUGGCUUUAAUGAGCAUAAAUUUACUUUCUCACAGUUCUGGCCACUUGAAGUGUGAAUCCAGGGUGUCGGUAGGGUCAUGCUCUCUCUGAAGACUUGCAGUGAAAAUCCUUCUUUAUCCCUUUCAGCUCCUGGUAGUCUUGGGCGUUCCUUGGCCUUCUUUAGCUUAUAGACAGAUCCUCACAUGAUGUCUUCCCCAGUGUGUGACUACCGCCAUGUCUUCCUCCCCUUUUAUAAGACACCACUCAGAAGCGAUUAGGACCCACCCUACUCUGUAUGACCUCAUUAACUUAACUGACAACAGCUAUAAAGAAAAACCCUAUUUCCCCAAACAAGGUCACAUUCCCAGGUACAGGGGAUAGACUUCAACAUAUCUUGUUGGGACACACAAUUCAAUCCAUACCAGACGGUAGCCCUUUUCUAAACUGCUCAUAAGGUUCUGUAUCAAUCUCCUUACAAGGUCACUAGUGUCCAGGUGUAUCCAACAAGCAGACAAAUUUUCCUUAAACUGACCAAGCAGUGACCUAGGGCAGCCCUUGAGAUGCCCAGGUGCCUGCAGGCCUUUUUUCCACACCAACAUUUCUCCUCUUACAGACACAGCCUAUGUCCGGAUAAGAACAUGCUGUGUAAGACAGUUCCUCUUGACUUCACCCCUCAAAAUGUGCAAACCGACAACCGCAGAUAGAUCCCAGAUGCCAUUUCCCUGCUCUCAAACCUUGAAGUGGGCCUGCCAGCCAGCACACCUGCCAAGGAAAAUUCUGUCCUCGAAAUGUUCCUGGCACAGCUUCCAAGAGGUGCCGACCAAGGGCUGGAAUCGCUGACCUCCCCGAAAGAGAAGCCUGCAGCUGCGGCCUCUGGGGUGAAUUCUCCUGAUGGGAGGGUCCCAUGGAAUUAAAACAGACUGAGUCCACAUCACACAGAGAGCUGGCCCAUCACUUAAAGCCAGGGAAGUGGUGGUUUCGAGGAGGGAGCUUCCCAGAAGGCUGGUGACUCAGGCUGGUCCCAGACCCCUCUUGAAAGACCAAACAGACAAAAUGAGGAGCCAAGAGGCCUUUGGUGAUCAUCCGAUCCAGCCCCCUUGUCCACAAAUGAGGACCCAGAGUUUCAAAAAACAGAUACGAGUUACAGGAAGUCACCCAGCAGAACAUGGGAAGGUGGAACCCUGUCCCCUCCCUCUGAGUGAACCAUUACUGUCCAAACAGCAGAUCACUUCCCACCCAAACCUGGAAGAACUAUGGCAAGGAGACUCCUCCACAGCCUCUGAUAAGACUUUUUACAGGAUGUAAACCUGGGUUGUGGGUGGGGGACAGGCUUGGGAGUUGCAUUAGUUUCCUAGAGCUGCUAUAACAAAGUUCCAUAAACUGGAUGGCAACAGAAACUUAUUCUUCCCUGGUUCUAGAGGCUGGAAUCCAAUUUCAAGGUGUCAGCAGGGCCUGCUCUCUGAAGUCUGUAUGGGAAGACCCUUGCUUGUUGCUUUUGCUUUCUGGUGGAAGCCCAGGCAUUCUUUGGCUUGAGGCAACAUAGCUCCAUUCUCUCCCUCCAUCUCCACCUGGUCUUUUUCUUCCCGUGUGCCUGUGUGUGUGUCUCUUUGCCCCUUCUGCUAAGGACACUAGCCAUAUUGGAUUAAGGCCCAUCCUAGUCCAGUAUUACCUCAUGCUAACUAAUUACAUCUGCAGAGAUCUUGUUUCUAAAUAAGGCCACAUUCAUAGGUAUUGGAGGUUAGGACUUCAACAUAUCUUUUUGAAGGACAGAAUUCAACCUACACUAGGAGUCAAGGAUAUCCUUUGCUCCCCCCUGAGUACCUUGUUGCAUAUGGUACUAUUAUUACCAUUUUUUAAAGGUGAGAUGUUGGCAUAGUGGUUAUCAAGACAAAGGUGGUAGGAUAGGUUAGUUAGGAUAGGUCAGUGUGAACUGCUCCUUUGAAACAUAACUGGUCAGAUGACAAGACCAGUGGAGAAAGUGAGUAGAAGGUGGCAUCUGUUUUUUCCUGCUCACUGCCCCUGCAAACAUAAUGCAAGUCUUGCAAAUGUGGGGUCAAUGCCAGAACCUAGAAUUUAGAUGGCAGUGGAGUCACAGCAGGUUUUUUAAUAGGAUGGAAAGGUGAUUACAUCUGGGCUUCUGGACAAUUUAACUGCAGGUGUAUAUAGGAUAGAUGUCAAGGAAGAAGAAACUAGAGCAGAGAAACAAGUUAGGAGGUUAUGAUAAUUUUUAAGUUGAGGCAUAAUGACAUUCUAAACAUAAUUGAUGUAAUGGGUUUGGAAAGGAAGGAAUGGAUUGAGAAUGGAUAGAGACAAUAAUUUGGGAGGAUAGCUGAUUGGAUGUCAGUGGUGAGGAAGGAGGUAAUGAUGACUUUUUGCUUGGGAACCAAUAGAAUGGUGGUCCAUGGAUAGAAACAUGAAAGGCAAGGUUAGUAGCAGAAUUAGGGGAAGCUGGUUGGUUGGUCGCUAUGAGUUGGAAUCGACUCAACAGCAGUGGGUUUUUUUUUUUUUUUUGGGUGGGUGGUUGAUUAAUGGUUGACUUUUGAUAUUUGCAGUGUGUGCCCUCCUUAACCUUUGACCCGGGUCCGAAAUCCCUGGAGAGUGCUCCAGGUAGGUGAAUAUAAUAAUGGUUCAGCCCAAGCAAGUUUUCCCAGGGCUUAUCCCGAAUGGUUCUGAAUCUUGCGAAGACCCCCAAACCAACCCCAAUUUUGCAGGAUCUCCCCCAGAAUAAAUAAGGCUUUUUUACUAUCUAGAUCGAAUUCUUCUGUAGACUUACCUACCAAAGAAUAAAUGAUGACCGCGUGACUGAGUGCUAACAAGCAAUUGAAGCAACCCAUUAAAACUCACUCUAGCCUUGUAUUUUAAUUUGCUUUCUGAGUAAGACUUUCAGAACUUCAGAACUUCUCCAGUUCCUGGCUGGUCUACUGUGGGCAAAGUCCACAGGCUGUGUGGGUUUUGGAACAUGUCUCAGUUGUACUUUUUCCUCUUGGUUUGGAAACCAGCUCACUCUAGGCAAAGAGAGAUUUCUGACAAGAGCUCGGCAAUUAUAGUUGCCAGCAAAUGGCUCCAGUAGAUCAACCACGAGUUAAGUAAGAAAAAGUAAGUGCUACUGUUUGAGGUAUGUCUAGAGUAUGGUUUUAAUCCAUCACUCUCAGGUUCAUAUAAAAUUCCAGGCCUCUAUGACUCUUUUACUUGAAGUAUUACAGGGUGCUGCAUGUUAAGUGGAAGCCAAGGGAAGCAAGGAGCUUUGCUCACAGUUAAAUCUUGUUUAAGGAUGCUUUUUAAAGCAUAUUAAUCCAUUAAUAAUCCAUUUGGAUAUUGGAAUAUGGUCAUAUAUUGUUUACUACAAUAUGUACUAAACUCGUUCCUAGAAAACUAAGUGGAAAUGUAGUGUUAGACUACAGGAAUUUUAAAACAGCCUCUCAAUAAUUCUUCGCACCAGUCAUCCCCAUUGCUAGAUUUAAAAAAUUCUUGGUGUAUCAAAUUUCCCUUAAAAGGGGCAUACCUGUAAGUUUUUUUUUUUUUUUGUGAGAGGAGGCGCUUGUAAUUUUGAUAGCAUUUCAAACUUACCAAAAAGUUAAGAGUAGUACAAACAACUCCCAUGUACCUUUUACCCUGAUUCACCAAUACACCUGUGUUUUAAUUACGCUAUGUUAGAUAUAAGUGUAAGGAUUCCACAUUAACAAAAUGAUCCUUUCUCUUUGAGUAUGUUCUAUUGUUAUGUAAAUGAACAGAGGUGCUAGACAUAUGUUUAUUGAGCUUUUUUAAUGUGCCAAGCUCUGUGUUAAGGAUCUUCUUGUUCUUUAUAUUAUUCAAUCCUCCUUUGAGGUAUUGUUGUCUUCAUUGCCCUAGGAGAGACGAGGUGACAUUCCCAAGGCUGCACUUCACACUCUGACCUUGUGAUGCCAAAUGUUAUGUCCCUUAACUGUCUCCAUCUGAUAUCCUAUGUCUGGACCCUACAGGGAAGACAGCAGAUUGCUGUUUGGCAAGUCAUUGUUGUUAGUUGCUGUCCAGUAGAUUCUGACUCAUGGCUACCCCAUGUGUGCAGAGUAGAACUGCUACACAGGGUUUUCAAGGCUGUGAUCUUUCAGAAGCAAAUCACCAGGCCUUACUUCUGAGGGGCCUCUGGGUGGAUUUGAACUGCCAACCUUUCAGCUAGUAGUUGGGCGCUUAACCGUUUGUGCCACUCUUUUGAGCGGAGAGUGAAAAUAUAUUCCCACACAUUUGGAAAGUAAGCUACAGGCAAGAUGGAGUGGGGCAGGAAGCAACUCUGCCUCACCAGACCAGUGUAUGCGUCCAGUCCUUCACAGGCAUGCCACCAAUCUUGAAUCAGUGUAUUCCAAUGAAGAUAUUCAUUGGGAUGGGAAUAUUUAUCAGGCAUAAAGAUCGGCCAAGGUCAUGAACACGGCAUCUUUGCCUGUUGGACACUGACUUGGGUGCUGGACUUUAAAGAUGAAUGAGAAGCAGCACCUUGAAAGGCCUGUGACUGCUGAGCAUGUCUGCAGUGUGUUUCUGCUGGGGGAUGAUGUACAAUAGUGUGCAAUUGCUGCGACCGAGUUUUAGACUCUCCUUCUUGUGGCUUACUUUUGACUCUUGAUACUUCUUUGGCAUCAGCUUGCCAGUGGUGUUUAUCCUUUGAAGGUGGACUUAUUAUUAUAUUUUUUAAUGGCCAGAAGUCAUUUCAAGUCUAGUCUAAUGAAUAAAAUGGGGAUUUUUUUUUUUUUUCAGUCAAACAAGCAAACAAACAGGGUUUACUCUCCUAUGUGGCUUCUGAAAUGGCUCAGAAUGCAAUUAUCAAAAAGAAGUUCCUUGAAACACAAAGGCCUUUGGAUUUGGAGGCAGGUGCAUCCACUGGGAGGAUCUGGAUUUCUGGGUGACUGAGCCCUUUCAAUGGCAUCCUUCAAUUCCCCAAAUCCUCUCCUCCCUUUCAGCCCCUUUCUCUUCCCCGGACCUUCAUCUAGGUGAUAUGGCCUGAGGGUAUGGGUGCCAAUUUUGAUAUUUGCACAUGCCUUUGCUAACAUUCAUUGAAUCUUAUUGGAAAGACCCAAGGUUAUCCUGUUUAGCUGCUUCAGCCUUCCCAGGAUAUUCAUGGUUACACCAUGGAAUCUAUAUAACAAGAAAAUGGAAAUCUUUUUAUAUUUAAAAAAAAAAAAAAUCACAGGUCUGAAGCUUUUAAAAAUAAACAUGGCUUCCAUCCCAUUACACAAAAAUGCAUUUGAGGUGGUCGUCAUUUUAUUUGGGCCAUGGUCUUCUGAGACUUGGGACAAUAACAUAUUUUUUUCUGUCUUAUGUGAAUGUAUGCAGAUUCUUAAAGCAUGCAUGCAUGUAUUACACACUUUAUAAAUUUGAGUAAUAGAAAUGUUUGUGUGUAUAAAAAGAUAGAAUAAGGAGUAUACAUUUUGUAUAAAAUAACCUCUAUGGUAUUUGUUUACCCUGAUUUUUUGAUUUAUGAGUCGUCAUUGCUCACUAUAGAAAAAGAAAAAUAAAUAUGCAAAACACUGGUAGACUUUUAAUGGGUUUACUUCCUAUCCUAGCUCAGUGUUUCUCCACUGAAGCUGACCUUGAAAUUGCUUUUUAAAUACAAGUCAAAAUAUGCAAAUUCCAGAGUAUCGGGAUGAGUAUCCUGUUAGUUUUUUUUCAAAUUCACAUUUUUACAUCAUUUCCAUCUUACACCUGGUGCUUUCUCUGCUUGUUAAUCCAUUUGCAUCUGUGUGGUGGGUAUGCGGCUUUUCUCAAAUGCACCAAUCCCCAAUGAAGUGAAAUGUUCCUUUAUUUUUUAAUUUACCUUUUUUGUUUGUUUGUUUUUAAUGAGAGGGAAGCAUCUCUUGCCUGUUGCUAGGUGCCCUAGAGUCGAUUUCCACUCAGAGUGACCCCAUGUGUACAGAGUAUAACUGCCCCAUAAGGUUUCCUAGGCUGUAAUCUUUACAGGUGCAAAUUGCUAGGUCUUUUCUCCCGCAGAGCCACUGGGUGGGUUUGAAUGACCAACCUUUUGGUCAGCAGCUGAGUGCUUAACUGUUGUGCCACCAAACCCACUAAAAACCAAACCCACUGCUGUUGAGUCAACUCCAACUGAUAGCUACGCUAUAGGACAGAGUAGAACUGUCUCAUAGGGUUUCCAAAGAACAAUUGUUGGGUUCGAACUGCCAACCAUUUGGUUAGCAGCCUGAGCUCUUAACCACUGUGCCACCAGGGCUCCUUAUGUAUUUAUUUUGGUUGUGCCAUCAGGGCACGUUGCCUGCCUGCCUAGUAGGUUUAAUAUCUUCCCUUGAGUCUCCAUGACACCCAGGUGUUGUCCUUCUCAUUGUUCCUUUAUCCUGGAUCUCAGGUCUGUCUUGAGAAGGAGUUGAUUAAAGUCUAAGUGACAUCAGCCAAGCACUUUGUAGUCACUCCUCAUACCCACUCUGCUGCCCACUUCAUUGGAUUCCAAGGAAGUUUCCUCCAUCCUUCACUUAUAUUUCACAAGAGUCUUCUGGAACCUGUGUGGUGUGAAUUUGUAUAUAUCAUUUCCCCCUUGUUAUGACCAGAAAGACUCGCAACCAUGAAUUUCACUGAAGUUUAUGAUUGGUCCCUGACUGCCUCCACCAUCACAUUUGGCACAGAAUUCUCUUCUGGAAGCAUUCUUGCAGUUAGAUAAACAAGCAGAUAUACUGAACGGGUGCAUGAAUGAUUAGAAAAUAUCCCAGUUCCAGAGGAUAAAUCUAUCACGUGGGUGGAGAGGGUAUGCAGGCAAAACAUUUGGUUCUGCGGUCAUUUGGAGGAUUGGGCCCGGGCUAUAAUUAAUGCCACUAGCAGUAAAAGGACAUUAGGGAUGUCGUGCAUGUUGAUUAUUUCUUCAUUUUGUUUAUCCAAGUUUCUCCGCCUUGGAAGCUCUGUGGCCAUUGCCAAAGAAAGCCCUGGAGACAGAGUGUUAGACGCUUCUCCCUUGUAAGUGCAUCAUUACCUCGCUCCAAACAAAGUCCCUUUUUUUUUUUUUUGUCAAUAGAGGAUGAAAACAUUAUUGGAUUCAGGAGUUCAUAGUAGUCCUGUAUGCAGCUGGGGACGAGGGGGAUAGAUUUAUGAAAUGGACCAUUUCAAAUGGCAUUAUCUUCCCACAGUGAGGUACACCUUUCAUAAAUCAUGGGAGAGUGCUUGGAAAAGAGAGCGUUUGUUAUCCCUGCAGUACGUUGUGUUUGCAUCCCCUGUAAACGGAGAAAGAAGAAAUUCUCUGAUUCCCUUUCCUGGGUUGAACAGUCAAUUCAUCGCCUUACAGUCAAAUUAUUAAAAAGAAGAAGAAGAAAGAGAAAUGUAAUAAAUUUACUUCAGAUAAGUCAAGGAUUGUCCUCUGACUGUUUCAAUCACGGUAAAUUUUUUUUUUGCCUUCUUAUUCAGGACAUAAUUUAAUUAGGGUAUUAAUUAAGUUCCUUGGUUUUGUUUUUCACUGAAAAUGUUAUGCCGUAUUUGGUCGGAUAACAUCCAUGAAUGUAACCCAGCCACAAAAGCAGGUGGAAGGGGCUAUCGACUGAGCUUGUCUUUCCCUCUCUCUGCCUUUCCUCCAUCUAGAGGUUGAUGGAUAAACUUUAGUGCAUCUAGUGGUGGAGUUUCUAACAUGGAGACUUCCUACUUUUCUUGUAGCCUGGAUGUAAUUUGCAUAGAGAAGCAAGGUGGAUUCUUUUUUGUGUGUCCCUGACAUAUUUAACCUACUUGCUAACAGUCAAUUUACCAUAAAGUUUUAUUAGGCUUCUUAGAUAAUUUUUGUUCUUUCCAACAACUACGAGCCCUUCUAGGAGAAUUAUCCAUCAGUGGUAAUCAGUUGUGUCAUGUUGAUUCUGAUUCAUGACAACUUCAUUUGUGUCAGAGCAGAACUAUGCUCCAGAGGGUUUUCAAGGGCUGAUUUUUCAGAAGUAGAUCACCAGGCCUUUCUUCCAAGGUGCCUCUGGGUUAACUGAAACCUCCAACCUUUCAGUUAGCAGCCAAGCACGUUAACCAUUUGCACCACCCAGGGACCUCUUCAGAGCAGUCUAACGCUUGCUAAUCCUGAAACAUCACCAUUGGAUCAACUCUGGAAAACAAACAGAAUGGCCCCAUUCUGCAUUGCUCUAUCAAUGCCUUGGACUAAGCUGGAAAAAUCAGGAAUGCAUGUGGGACACCUGACUACAAACAGGGUAUAAUAUUGUAGGGAUGGAACCAGCAAUUAAAGGCAGCAGCUGCAAAGACUUUCAUGCUUCCUGUAGCUCAUUUCAGAUUCCACCACUUAAUAGGAAACCCUUUUUGACCACAAUAACUACUUGGUGGACUAAAUCUCUUUCUAACAGCCUGAAAGAGUUAACAUAGCUUUUGAAAUGUGGCAUGUGCCCCUUGAGAUGCUAUGAGCCAUGAGGAAGCCAGCAUCCCUGCUAUCUUAGACCUCUGUUGCUGAUAUCCACAGUCCUUUCAAAGGCCUGAUUUUCCACUGUAAAGGGCUCUGUUUCCAGGUCCUUGGCUAGAUAUUUUAAAAGCUCAUCAAGAGAAGGAAGUUUGAGGGUGUGGGAGGAAAGCAACAAUAACUAGGAACAUACUGAUUUCUGAGAAUUCCUCCUGAGUUUCUGUUCACGGUGGUAGUGUCAGCCUGUGAUGAGAUUGUUGUUGAAUUUAAAUUAUUUUUGUCUUUCAAGACUCAGCACAAAGCAUUCCUUCCUCUGGGAAGUCUUUUCUGUCCUUCCUCCCAGGUAGAGUUGAUCCUCAUAAUUGGGACUGUCCUCUGCUUUAUCAGCUUCUACUUUUUUCAGCCUCUAUCACCUUGAAAACAGUUAUGGCUCCUUGUCUGUUUCAUCUACUAGAUUGUGAACCUACUGAAGCCAGGAACUCUCGUCUUCAAGGUGUUAAAGAAACGUUUGUUGCAGCAAUGAAUUGAAUCAAAUUAUAAUCAAGUAUUGGCAAAUGUUGUGUUAUAUAUAUAUAUAUUGACAACAAUAAAAAAUUAUAAUAAAAGCAAAUUAUAAACAGAUGAUGGGAGCAAAGAGCACAAUAAUAUUAAGCCUAGAACGUCUUUUACAGAAGUCGAUGGUCAAGAGGAGUUAUCACCUGUAUUUGAUUUGGCUCACCGAAGACAAAUCAAGUUGUACUCUUGAAUCUUAAAAACAUCCACUGUAAGCGCUUUGAAUUCAAUUUGGAACCAGUGGUGGGUCACUAACUGAGUGGCUUGUGGAGAGUUUCUAACAUAUGGGGAUUGCAAGUCGCAAUAUCCAGGGCUUGGAACAUCCUGGGACUACACUGAUGUUCGGAAAACUGGCCCUUGACUCCUAUAAAUGAGUGAGGAGGCCCUGCAAGGGCAUAGUGGGACGAGAACUUGACAUUCCCAUGUAACCAUUUUCCCAGAUAGCUGGAGGAGGUCCAGAAAACAGCAGGGAGGUUCUGAUCAAAAAGCUUUGCCUAAAUAUCUAGAACAAGUAAAAAAAACAAAUAAUAAUAGCAGUGAUUCCUCUUUCACUUUCCAUGGAAUAGCAGGUAGCCCCAGUGUUGAAAGGGUGACAUUGAGAAAUGGACAUCUUUUGAAACAAUGAACAAUUUGAAUUGGGCAAUUUGAAUCUGCACCAUUUGGUUUCAUGUUCCUAAGUGAGGAGGCUAUUUGUCCAUAUACGGUGGUGAAAUUCACCCUUUGUUUAAUGUAUCUGAGGUUUCCCAUUCAAAAAGAAUCCAACUCGGGUUUGAAAUUCUCUACCCUCACCCAAAUUUUUUUUUUAAUGGCUAUUUUUUUCUCUCUUUUGGUGACAUCAUUACUCCUUAUAUACCCUGCCACUGCUCCCAAAAUUUUUUUAGGCUUAGCAUUUCACCCCUUUCUUGUUUGUUUUCUGUGCUUGAUCUAACUUCUUGUUUUAUUUCUAUAAGGUGGGGUUUUUAAAGUUGGUAUUUUUGACCCUCCUGAUAUGCCCCCAACAUCUCAACAUACCUUUGAUUUGGUUCUUUCAUGGUUUCCCAAAAUUCUGAAAAUUCUUUUUCUUUAGGGCCCAUUUUCUACGUAUGUUAUGUGCUUGGUAGACAGAAGGCUGCUUUAAUUAAUACGGGUUUGCGGGCAGGGCUUUAUCUCACAGUCACUAGACAUAAGGACCAGUCCUGGCUCUGACCUUGACUUUCUCUGGGACCUUGAACCCAUCACUUCAUCUUACCAUAGACCAGUUUUCUCAUCUGUCUUUGCAAACUAGUUAAUACCUAUCCUACCUUCCUCACAGGCUUGUCGGGCAACUCAAAAGAGCUACUAAAUUUCAUAGCACAUUUAAAGUAAGCUGUGCUCUAGAAACAUAAGGCAAUCUAUUCGACUCUCUUAAAUUUCUUUUUCCACUUCUUAAGAACAUGAGACAGCUCAGCCUAUUUUCUCUUUCUGAAUUUGAAGAAAGAGUCGGAGAGUUCCUAGUAUGAAAAAAAUGGCCCAAGUACUCCCUGCGCUUGUUUACACAAUGAAGGAAUUUCCGUGUUCAGCCCAGGAGAGGUAGUUUCCCCUUCUCUCUUCGUCCCUGGGCAAUGGAGAAAUAGAAUGGUUACACGUCUCCACCUCACAGGCAUGCUACCGGCCUGAGAAUCGGUUGCUCCCUUUAUUUAUCAGAUUGUCGAUGCAGGUCAGUAGCAGCUAAAGAACUUGGCAGUGGGCCCCAGGAGGAACCCUACAACAAAGCCAAAUUCUGACGUGAAAAUAGCAGUGGCAAGAUGGGGUCGCACAGUGACCUUCUUUAAGUUAGUAGGAUGGUUGUCCUUCCUGGAAGAUCCCAGGGAAAUACAGUUUUAGGAAUCUAUGCCACAUGAAUUAAAUGUGGAUUAUAGAGAGGGAAUUUCCCCCUCUCAGUCCUAUCAUUGCCUCUAUAAAGGAAUAAGUUAAAAAAGAACAAUUCUUUAAAAAUUAUCCUACUACCAAUAAAUCCCUGUGAAUAAAAAGAAGGGAGAGGGGAAGAAGGCGCAUUAGUCUUCCAUUAAAAAUAGAUCAAAAAAGUACCCAAAAGAAAAAAGCCCACAACAAUGAAAUAAAUUAGGCUAAUACAACUAGAGGCCUGCAAAUGAGUUUGCUAAAUGUUAUAUUUUCUCAAGCCACUUAGAUUUUUAACUUCCUGUUUCUGCCUGAAGUAAUAAAGGCAGGAACACUGUUAUUAGCUUCAAACACCGUUUUUUUUUGCCCCUAGCUGCAUUUGUUAUUUUUUUUCUUUCCCCCCUCAGCUGUAUCCCUGCAUUUAUUACAGCACAGGUGCAUCUUGCUAGCUGAAUGUUAACGGAGAUGAAAGGAGCGAGGAAAUGCUCUCUUUUCCUGCUUGCAGGAGCUGGGUGGCAAAUCCACUGAA